UUACGCGUUCAAAGAUAUACAAAACAGAUAGGGACAUAGAAGUAAAACAGAAAUGACAAAAUUGUUUUAGCAAAUGAAAAGUUUCUUCUCUUAUGUUCCUCAUUUAUUUUUUUUAAAGCUUAAACUGCUUAUCUUUCUCAAUUAUAGUACUAUUGUGUUGUUGGAAAAGUUCAACAUUUUUUUUUCAGAAACAAAACAAUUACGUGAAAAUAUUUUUUCAUACGAGUUAUUCCAAAUGGACGCGUAUAUGGAAAACUGAAUGUACAUUCAUACACUGUUCCAUGGCAUAAUAAAGGUAUUGAAAAGGAGUCGGCGGAUAAAUUGGAUAUAGCCUGUUACAAAUGUAAAAAAAAAUGCAAAACCUUAAAGUUGUGAAUAUAAAAUCUCCACAAUAUUCGCGGAUGAAGUGGCCUUUGUUGCAUAAACUUCCAUCUCCAGAACCACACUCUGUUAUUGAUGGGCCGACAAAACACCAAGGUGGAAACUUUAUUCCUGGAGAUAUCGCCGUCUUUGAGGACAAAGCUGCAAACGCCGUGCUUCUUGAGGCAGAAUCACAGUUCAAAUCUGGAUACCCAACCAUUGCAACUUCAUCAAUGGUGGCUCGAAGAAACAGAAUCGCAUUAGAAGUUGAUAACUCAGCAGACAUACAGUUCUUUUCUGACUUAGUGAAACCAAUACAAUACCGAUGGAAAUUCCAAAAGGAGAAAUUGAAAACAAUUACGCCAUCAAAACAUGGUUUCCACCAACGAAGUCAGUCACCGACGUUUCGAAGACUUGUUGAAGCAAAUGAAAAACUACGAAACAUUGCUUGUCAAGACGCCGAUGUGGAUGAAAAUGCCACUGAUUGUGAUUUCUUUGACACGAAAAGUGAAAUAUUGCCUGUGAAACCGUCAUCUAUUCUAAGGUACGUAAAAUCAGAAAAAGCGAGCACUCGAGCUUGUCAUACGAAUUCAAUACCUGCAGAUAUUGAUAUAUAUUUACAAAAAGAUUUUGAACUUAAAUCUGAGGUAGGAACAAUAGAACCAGCAAAGACGACAAAGGACUAUUACGUUAUUCAAAAUAAUGCUAAAGUCGAAGAGGAGAAAAGAUGUACAAGUCCAAUAAAUGAGUCACCUCAGACUUUACCAUUUCUUGCAAAAUCUACCAAAAAACUUUUGCAAUUUAAAGUAGAUUUUAAAAAAUUAGACUCGCAUUCGGAACUCCAUUUAUUUCUUCCUCAUAUUCAAGAAUGCAAUUCACGGAGAGCAACUCCAGAGGAACCGAAUGGGAAAGGAAAGUUAGGAUUUACCUUACCUGCAAUCGAAGACUUGGAAGUAAAAACUUUAGAAGAGGAUCAGUCAAAAUCAAAGAAACAACAUAAACACGAUCAAAAAAAGAAGAAGAAGCAUUCACAUAGAGUAAAAUCAGGAAACGAAGAAAAGGAAGUGAUGGAUAUAUUGAACGAUAUCCCGACUUUGAUAUCACUAGAAACUGAUAGGGAUUUCCAUCCAGAGUCUAUUUGUAUGUUUGAAAACUGUAAACUACACAGACACAGAAAAUCUAACAGAAUAAGGCAGACAUAGCGUCAUAUUUUUACAUUGAAUUAUAUUUCUCCAAGACUUGUUCCAUUGUUGGAAAUAAUUACAGAUACUUUAAUCGGUCGACUAAUAUAUAAAAUGUUUUACUAGAUGUAUGUUUUAUAUUCACAAUGCACGCCUCAUAAAUGCUAUCUUCAUCCUAAUGAAUGAAUUCAUCCGCGUGAAGACAAUUUUUAACAUCCCGCUAGAAAUUAGUUCUACCUAUCAGUAAACGCCACAUAAGUUACAUUUAUCUGAUACUGGUUUGCUAGAUUACUAUGAAAACUAUGAUAGGAACUCAUCUAGAUAUUUCUAUGACUGAGUUGAAAAUACAUCUAUGAAAAAAUAUAUUGAAAUAUGGAAAGAAAGUUUGGAAAAUGAAGUUGGUCCAUCUGGUAGAGGUAAAAAUAAAUUGAGGACCUAUCGUUUGCUCAAGCAUGACUACGUAACUGAAAGCUAUGUAAAAUCUUUAAUACCCUUCAAAACAUAAGUCAGCGUUAGCAAAAUCCAGAUUUGGCGUUGCCCCUUUUAGACUUGAAACUGGUAGAUAUGAAAACUUAACAGAGGAACAAAGACUAUGUCCAAUAUGCUUGCAAGGGGUUGAGAAUGAAAUGCACGUAUUGUUACACUGUAAUGCUUAUGUCAAUGAUAAUUUGUCUGACCAGGAAAAACUUGUGUUUAUACUCUCCAGCAAUAAUGAUAAUAUGCUUAAAACUAGAAAUAAUCUGUUGUAUAGGGAAUAGCUAGAAAUAUAAUCCUAAGUUGAGCUACUCCAUGGGAGGGUCUGCGUUUGGAUGUUUUUGGCUGGGAUUGGUCAUGUUCUCUGUGUCUGGUUGAACCGUCUGAUUGGGUAUCUGUACCGUUUGUGGGGCAUUUGGCGCGUUUGUUGCUGAAUGUUCGUUAGGAUCCUGGGCACAUUGAUUGUUGCCUGUUGUUGUCGUAGAUGUCUUUGUGCUGGUCUUCUCAUGGCAUAGCUCACUUGCCUCUAAUAGUGGUGAAUCAUGGACUGUUUUGUGGGAAUUCGUUCCUUAAUACAUUAGCCAACUGUACUAUUUCUGUUUCACCAAUAUUUUGAGGAGGUAGGUGUUUACCAUUGGUGGUUUCUGUAUGUUACACAGGGUAGGCCAUGUCUGACAAACUCCUACACAGGCGGUAUGACCAAUAUUUGUGUGCUAAUAUCUUUGAGUCCGGUCUGGGAACUUUGUGAAUCUUGUGUGUUGGAGUGUGUCCGACUAGUCUCAUUUUGUAAUUUUUAUGAACUGGUACUACAUGUGUAUGAAAGUAUUACUUGUUUAAAGAGUAAACCAAAUUUUACUAUGUAAAAAAGAAAUAAGUUAAAUUCUUAUAUGGUAACCUAAAGAUACUUUUUAUAACAGUGCAGAUUAUCAUUGCGAACCAGUCUCCUCAUGAUCUGAUCAUGGAGGGUAAUUGCUCUUUUAAAAUAUUUUUAUUAAGCGCGCUAGUGCCACAAUUUACAGUUUUCAGUAUCUUAUUAAGUAGUGUCUUUUUAAUAUAGUUUUUAAAUAAAAAAGGCCAGCAAUGGUACGCUGAUUUUUAAGAUGAUGUUGUGUAAACAAUUGUUUGUAGCUUAUGUCUGUAUAAUGUCAUAACAAAUUAAUAGCACCAUGAGAAUGCCAGCUUUGUGACGCUUAACAUUUGUAUGGACACGGGUAGAAUUGUAUAUCUGUGUGGUUUGAUCAGGAUAUACUACUGUUCAGUAUCAUUGACUGGGUCUGUCAGUGGUGUGAGCCUCAUGAUUCUGGUUUUCCUCAUUGAUAGGCUUUAUGAUACAAAGUCUCUUUUAAUUCUAUUUCAAGAACGGCCAAUACUAUGUACGAUAUGUUUUUAAAAUCUAUAUGUGUAUAUUUGUAAUGUAUUAAAGGAUGAGACUGAAAUAAACGAAUAGAAUAAAAGAAUGAA